AUGUGUGAUAAUAUUCGUAUAUUUCUUUUCUUAUGUUGUGCUUUCUUUUUAUUUUACCUGACAAAUGAAAUAAGUGUAAAAAAAAAGCUUUUUAUUAACAAUGUUAAUAAUAAAGCAGGUGCGUGGAUAACUAAUGGUAUAUCAUUUACUGCUAAUAGAAAAACAUGGAGUAGCAAGUGGAGGAACAGUGUUAAUAAAUUGAAUAUAAAAUGUAAUAGCUCAAAAAAUAAUUUUGUAAAAGAAAAAGGAAAUGAUACAAUUGAAAUGAAUGGAGUAGUCGAAGAAUGUUUAGCUAAUACCAAUUUUAUAGUACGAAUUCCUAAUGGUGAAAAAUUCUUAUGUUUCAUUUCAGGAAAAUUAAGAAUAAACAAAGUAAAAAUAAAUUUAGGAGAUACUGUUAAAAUUCAAAUUCACAAAUUAAAUUUUGAAAAACGAAGGGGAAAAAUAGUAUUCAGGUAUUUACAACAUGAGUCUCUAAAAAACAAGAAGUAA